CAAACACAUCACAAACACGAAUACGUGCCCGUCAAAAUGGAGAGUCCUCAUGAGCACCAACAGAACCUGCUGCUUUCUCGCAUCAUAACCAAUGUGGAGAAACUCAACGAGGCCGUCAUGGUCAUGAACAGGUCACUGCAGGAGAUCAACAUUGAGAACAUGAAUGUCGAACUCGUCGCUCAAAUGUUCAAGAACUACCAGUCCAAUGUCUUGUUCCAUCUCGAGGCCACGGACAAUCUGAAGCCGCCUGCUUAAGGAUUGCAUAACCCGUUAUUACGCGCUGGGAGCACGGAUGAGGAAUGAGACAAGAUUGAUGACAUUUCCAGGCGCAAUUCACAAGUCUUAGAGCAGAUACCCCCUGAUAAGCCAGCUCUGAAGAAUAACUUCAGAAUCCUGAACAAACAAUUUUUUUUGCAAAGAUCUUCCAUUUCGCGAAGGCUGUGGGCACUUUGAGAUUGGCAGAUCGUGCAAGUGAAUUCAAAUGUUGUCAGGCGUUGCACUUGGACUUCUUAAGAUCCUCUUACCUUCGCUGCGCUAAGAUCGCGUAGCUGCGCUGCAACCCGAGCAGCACAAGCCGGGCAGGGUCCACUGAAAUUUACAGCCGCGC